ACAGAACCAGACUCCAUCCGCUCAACCACACCAUUCAAAACGUGCAAUGGCUUCUUUCCUCUUUUCUCUUCUUCGUUUCACAAUUUUCCUUCUCAUCGUCCAUUCAAAACCCUGUUUUCCCUCCAAACCUUCACUCUUACUGCCCAUUAAAACUCAAACCAUACCCCGACUUUCUUCAGCAACAUCCACCACAAGCAAACUCCCCUUCCGCCACAACGUCAGCUUAACCGUCUCUCUUCAAGUCGGCUCGCCGCCGCAAAAUAUCACCAUGGUUCUUGACACCGGCAGUGAACUUUCUUGGCUCCACUGCAAUAAAUCACAAAACUUUAAUUCCUUUUUCAACCCUUUUGCUUCCUCUUCAUAUUCCACUAUUCCUUGCACUUCUUCUGUUUGUACGAACCGAACACGGGACCUACCCAUACCCGCUUCGUGUGACACCGAUAAGCUCUGCCACGUCAUCAUCUCAUACGCAGAUUUGACUUCAAGUGAAGGUAACCUUGCCACUGAAACUAUGUCAAUGGGCUCGUUAAAACAACCCCGGUUCAUAUUCGGGUGCAUGUACUCGGGUUUUAGUUCUAGCUCCGAAGAAGAUUCGAGAACUACCGGGUUAAUGGGCAUGAACCUUGGGUCGUUAUCUUUUGUUACUCAAAUGAGGUAUCCCAAAUUCUCAUAUUGUAUAUCGGGUUUUGAGUCCACGGGUGUUUUAAUUUUCGGCGACGAGAGACUACCGUGGCUUAAACCGUUGAAUUAUACUCCCUUGGUUAAGAUAUCCGACCCGUUACCGAAUUUCGAUAGGGUGGCAUACAGUAUUCAGCUUGAGGGCAUAAGAGUUGGGAGUAAAAUGUUGAAUUUACCAAAAUCAGAUUUUACACUGGACCAUACUGGAGCGGGUCAAACUAUGGUUGACUCGGGUACCCAGUUCUCUUUUUUAUUGGGUCCGGUUUACACUGCUCUAAGAAACGAGUUUUUGCAACAAACCAAAGGGAUUUUGAGAGUCUUGAAUGACCCGAAUUUCGUAUUUCAAGGCACAAUGGAUUUGUGCUAUUUAGUCGAGUCGACUCGGCGAAACUUGCCCGAGUUGCCUGUGGUGAGUUUGUUGUUUACGGGGGCAGAAGUUAGUGUAUCGGGUCCAAGGUUAUUGUAUCGGGUACCCGGUUUGGUUAAGAAUGGAAAAGAUUCAGUGUAUUGCUUCACAUUUGGUAAUUCUGAUCUGUUGGGUAUAGAGUCCUUUGUGAUUGGUCAUCAUCAUCAACAAAACAUUUGGAUGGAGUUUGAUUUGGCUAAAUCUAGGGUGGGCUUCACUGAAUUUAGAUGUGAUAUUGCUAGUAAAAACUUGGGAAUAGGCCUUAUUUGACUCUUGAUUAUUAUUUUAUUUUUAAUUAUACCGAAAAUAAUAUUGCAUAAAUAUAGAAAUAUGCUGAAAUUAUUAAGUGUAUUAUUCCUUAUAAAUAUGAUUUAAAUUAAAUAUUAUUUUAUUUGUGAUUC